CACAGUUCGUGAGUUUUAAUACUUUCAACACUACUAUAUAACAAAUAAUUUGAGUAGUAGCAAUGUCAUCAAGAUUCUUCUCCCAAUUGGGAGACAGUUCUGACGACAGCUCGUCGUCAGAUAGUGAAGUUGAAGCCCCAGUAACCAGACAACCAGCUGCUAGGCAAUACUCGUCAAUAUUAGAAGAAUCAGACGAGGAGAAGCGUGUCGUGAGAAGUUCGAAAGAUAAGCGGUUUUCUGAGAUAAAUGAAACGAUCAAGGCUAUCAGAAAUCAUAAGAAAAUCAAGGAUAUAACCAAAGUUCAGGAAGGUUUUACCAGUCUUUGUCAGAUUUAUGCUAAAUCUCAAAGUGUUAUCGCCAAAAACGGCUGUCCCCGAGCUUUCAUUAGAUGUAUUGCUGAUUUGGAGACUUACGUCACUGAGUUCUGGGGAGACAAGGAGGGUCGAAGCAAACUCAACAAAAUAAACUCAAAGGCUCUGGCUGCUCUUCGUCAGAAUGUGAGGAAAUACAACAAGGACUUUGUGACAGAGAUUGGAGCAUAUAAUAAGGAUCCUGAGAGUUACGAGGAAGUUAUCGAGGAAGACGAGGACGAAGUCGAAAAGUCAGAUGACGAAGGUGUUGGCUUUGCUCCUUCAUCAACAAAGAUUGCCAAGAAACCUCGCACAACAUCAUCAAGAGGUGAUGACGAGGAAGAUUUGGAUGACGACAGUGACGACAUGUGGGGUGACGACAGUGAGGAUGAGAGCUCUUCUGACGAUGAAGUGCCUGCUAUUGGUUACACUGCCGCUUACUUCCUCAAGAGUAAGGACGAUGACAAGAAAGACAAGCCUGAUCGAAAGAAGAAGGCUCCUCGACAGCCUGCUAAAGUGGCUGUCAGCAAAGAGGACGAGGGUUGGACCACUGUUAGUGGAACUGACAAAGUCACCAAGGAGAAGCCAUUGUUUGAAGAUGACGCUGAGAUCACAGUGGAGCUGGUGAACCAGAAGAUAGCAGAGUUGUCCUCGGUGAGAGGACGUAGGGGAGCUAAGAGGCAGAAGAACAUUGAGACUCUCGAGUUACUGUCGGGUGUUUGUGUGUCUGAAGAACUCGGAAUACCAAUCCUAGCUAAGUGUAUGUACUACACUUGCCUCUCAAUAUUCGACUAUAACCCUAACAUGGCUGUAUGCAUGAAAGUCGAGAUCUGGGUACAACUUCUGACUACACUGGACAAGUUGCUGACUCUGUUGGAAGAACACAGAGAAGUUAUUUUCAACGAAGGAAUGCCUGAGGAGGAGGAGAACAUGGAGGACCCAGAAAGACCUCUGACCGUGGCUGGAAGUAUCCUGGUGAUAAUGGAGCGAGCUGACGAUGAGUUUACUAAACUACUCAGAAAUCUUGACCCUCACGGAACUGAAUACGUGGACAGGCUAUCGGACGAAGCUAAGUUGUGUGGUCUGAUUCUGCGAGUAAAAGCUGAGCUAAGUCACAGAAAGGCUACCCACGAGGAAAUGUGCAGGACUUAUCUGAGGGAGAUUGAGCAUCUUUACUACAAGGUGGACUAUGACGGCGGAAAGGACGAAGGUCCAGAUUCCAGUAGAGCUAAGAUGGAUGCCCUCUGUAAGUACAUCUACCGGUACGACUCAACAGACAGGAUCAGGACACGCGCCAUGCUGUGUCACAUCUACCACCACGCUCUUCAUAACAGAUGGAGUGAGGGUAGAGAUCUCAUGCUCAUGUCUCAUCUUCAGCAGAGUAUUUCCCAUGCUGAUAUCCCUACUAAGAUCCUGCACAACAGAACCAUGGUACAGUUGGGUCUGUGUGCCUUCAGGAAGGGGUUGAUACAACAUGCUCACACAACCCUCAACGAGAUCCAGUCCUCUCAGAAGAGCAAGGAACUUCUGGCACAGGGUCUCUCUACUCAGUCUUUCUUUCAGAGGAUGAGUGAGAGGAACCUGGAGCAGGAGAAGAUAGAGAAGCAGCGGCAGAUCCCCUUCCACAUGCACAUCAACCUGGAGCUGCUAGAGUACAGUUACCUGACCUGUGCCAUGUUGCUGGAGGUCCCUCACAUGGCUGCUCAUCAGUUCGAUCAGAGGAAGAAGCUCAGCAGGACAUUCCAUUACCAGCUUAGGAAUGCUGAGAAGAGCCCACUGAUUGGACCUCCUGAUUCGAUGAGAGAGCAUCUGGUGGCUGCUGCUAAAGCAAUGAUGAAAGCGGACUGGAAGACUUGUGCUGACACCCUGCUGGCUCACAAGAUCUGGAAUCUGAUGCCUCAUGCUGAGGAGGUGAAGGCGAUGUUGAGACAGAAGAUCAAGGAGGAGAGUUUGAGAACGUACAUGUUUACUUACAGUGCCUGUUACGACUCCAUCAGCCCGUUGGUUCUAUCUCAAAUGUUUAGUCUUACCAACGCUCAAAUCCACGCCCUGAUAAGUAAGAUGAUACUGAACGACGAGCUAAAAGCAAGCUGGGACAAGCCCACUGAUCUGCUGAUGUUACACAGGGCUGAAAGCAGCAAACUGCAGAGUCUCACCAAGCAGACUGCAGACAAGCUGACAUACGUGAUGGACAACACGGAGAAGAUGCUACAGCAAGGAACACCCUUCACUUCAAAGGGAGGAUCUGCCCCUUCUGGACUGCCUUGGAACAGCACCUGGUCCAACAUCAACAAAUCUGGAGGACAGGGCAACUCGUACAACAGAACAGGAGGAAACAACUACUCGGGAAACAACUACUCGGGAAACAACUCAUACUCGGGGAACCGGAACAACAACUACCAGGGGAACCGGGGAGGUUACCAGAAGAGGAACUACGAUUCUGCCAACAAUGCUGGGUACAACAGAAGAACUGGUGGGAACUACAACAAUUCCGGUUACAACAACUACAACAGGAAGCAGAACUACUCACAGAACUACUCUCAGAAUGCCUACUAAUAAAGUUGUCCGCUAAAGAGGAAGGAGUGAGGAAUAAAUACCUGCUCAUCACGGACACUCUGGCCCCUGACUGGGGUCUGGGACUUCAGUCUCUCAGUUACCCUGUCAGGGGCCAUUUUACGAGUUGUAAUUUAUUACUAUAAGCGAUGUUAGGUCGCGCGGGUGUUAUCGAAUCAAGAAUGAUAUUGUUGUCGUGAUUCUUCUGGUUUUAAUUUUUCUUUAACUGAUUUA